GGCACAUAACAGCCUAAGUAGCGAGGUUGUAUUUAUCUUACAAAAACACGCUUAUAGGAAUAAUAUCUGUGUGCAGGGCUAUUAUUGUGUCGCCACGGUUAGAGCCUUUACGAUUGAUUCGGUUGAGGUAAUAAUAGGUGAACAUUUCCAUUCGGUUGGGAUCAGUACAUUGAAGUGACAGAACUGUUGAAUUGCAACUCCAGAAUAUAAUUUUCCAUUGACGGAUAUAGAUCUACAUUUGUAAAGAGAAAGCAGCAAUAUUUAUCUACUAGUAGUCGAUAGUAGGAGGUGUACAUGCAUACUAUCGGCUCAGACUACAUGGAGUCUCCAUUAGGACACCUUAAAGGCGAUCCCUACCCCUCACCCCCUCGGGCCCACUCCAGCCCAGGACCUACCCCCGGGACGAUCAGCCUCACACACGGGAUGAUUCCGACGGUAAAUCACAACAAUAGUUUACUUAGUAAACUUCACAAGGCGACGACAUACAGCUCACCACCGCCAAUAGCGUGUAACCCGGACAACAAUAUUUGUAAAUUAAUUGAAUAUAGAAGUGCUAAAGUUGCAGCAUUUGUGGUUGACGGCCGGGAACUUAUCUGCCUGCCCCAGGCUUUUGAACUUUUCCUGAAACAUCUUGUGGGAGGACUUCACACAGUCUACACCAAACUCAAAAGACUGGACAUCCUGCCCGUGGUCUGCAAUGUGGAACAGGUGCGAAUUCUCCGGGGGUUGGGCUCCAUCCAGCCCGGGGUGAACCGAUGUAAGCUCAUCUCGUGUAAGGAGUUUGACAUCCUCUAUGAAGACUGCACAAAUUCAAAUGCCCGACCUGGUCGUCCUCCCAAGAGGAACCCACACCUCCACGCCAGCCCAGAAACUUUGGAGAAACUGAAGAAGAGCCGUCUGGACGGAGAUCACUUCCAGUAUGACCCGCGACUAUAUGGUCUUUCAAAUUUACUUACAGACAGGAAGUCCUUGUUCAACGGAUUUGCCCACCACCCGUAUGCCAUGGGACCACUUCCGUUCAUGCCACUGAACCAUCCAAUGAUCUCCCCUCCCACAUCCAUCGCUAUGGCAACCCAUCUGGGCCUGCGGCCCGAUGGUUCCAUCAUCAAGGACAGGUCAAGCUCAGAAUCUGACCUUAUGUCACCAAGAUCUAGAGAUGAGCGUCUGGAGGCUGCCAUGAAGAUGGGUCGUGUGUCUCCUCACUAUGAUGCUGAGAGACUGCACCGCAACUCAGAAUAUGACAACAACAAACCUCUGAACCUACACAUCAACGGACACACUAAGGACCUCAGCAACAGGUUCUCCAAUGGAAAGAGUGAUGACGAUGAUGAUGAGGACGACAGACUGUCUGAUGAGAGAGAUGACGACUUGGAUGACAGUAUGGACCCAAGUGAGUCGGGCAACAACAGUGAUAUUGGGGAGAAACACACGGCCCCUGCCGCACCCUUUCCUACAGAACUCCUGAACGGAGAGACACCCUCGAUUUCCUCCAUAGAGACUCUCCUCCUCAACAUCCAAGGACUACUCAAGGUCGCAGCAGAAAACGCCCGCCACCACGAAAGGCAGCUUAGCUAUGAAAAAGCUGAGCUUAAGAUGGAGUUGAUCAGAGAGAAAGAAGUCCGUGAGAGUUUGGAGAAGCAGCUGUCUGCUGAGCAGAGAAGCAAAGUUGCACUUCUUAAGAGGAUAAAGAGAGAAAAGAGGAUACGAAGGAAAAUUCAGGAACAACAGAUGAUGGAAAUCUCAUUAGAGCAGCAGGCUAAAGCAUCACACAGCCCCCACACAGCCAGUGUUCCAAGUCCUGACUCUGUAAAAAACAACAAUGAAUCUGCAAGUGAGAAGGAAGUUGAGAAGGAGAUGCAGAGUGAGGCUAUCGAAAGGCGAAUGAGCUGUAACUCAGAAUCCCAAGAGCGGUCGAGCCACCUGUUUGAGAACUACCUUUCACACAGCAGCAAUAGCACCAACAGGUUUCCAUACCUACCCAUGGUGAAGGAUGUACAAUAGGCCUGUGAUACCCACAGACCUCCAUACUUUUUUCUUACCAUAAUGGAAUAAAUGAUCUCAAACGGAUAGAUGAGUGGGAAAAUGUGAAGAACGAAUGUAUUUUAAUGUUGUAAGGGAUUUUUAUUAUGUAAAGAUCUGCCAUUUGUAAAAUAGACAUUUUGUUGAAUUACGCAAUGAAAACCUAGUAUUCCAUUCUAUCUAGGAAUGACAUGGUAUGGAGAGCUACACUGCCUCGGUGUCUGUUGGUAUGAUGUUACAGGUAUCUUUGUCAGACAUAUUCAAAGAUACACAACCAAUCAAAAUCUUGAACAGGAACUUCAAGGAGCAAUAUGAUUGGAUAUUUCAGAAAUGUUGGUUCAACCAAUCAGAAACCUUGACAGAAGUCUUUGUACAGAUAUGUAGAAUCUGAUUGGUCAAUCUAUUUGUUGUGUAAGAUGUUUUAGUUAAAAUUUGAAUAAAUCAAAGUGUCUAUAUGUUAAGUCAAUGUAUUUGAUCUAGAAGAUUUUUCUACUCAAUAUUAGUUACUAUUAUCAGUGUAUCUUCUGUUGUUGUCCAUGUGCUUGUUACAUAGAAACAAAGACAUCAAUGUUUCUCCCCAUAUCAGUUGACUGAAAUAUAAUAUGAACUAUUUAUGGGUGUAUAUAUGUAUAUUGAUAUGUCACAAGUAAACCUUUAUUCAUUGUGCCAUUUUGUUUUGAAAAUCCAAUGAUGUGAAAACAGUUCAGAACAUCAUUUAAACCUUUUUUUCUGUAUAUGCAAUACAUUAUUGUAAUAGAAAAUAAAACAUGAAAUAACUCAGAGGAUCUAUAAAACGUAGGUAGUAUGGCAUAAGAGCCUGAAAUCAGAUAAUGAUUAAGAUAUUUUCAAACAUAUUUUUGUGUAAAGAUAGUUGAUACUAAAAUCUUAAACAUAACAUUUAAAAGUCCAGAUUCUGAUAUUUCAAUAAAAUGGUUUGCAUUUGUAGAUAUUUUCAGUUUAAAUGCAAGGAUGAAAUUACAAAGAUCACUUAUUUGGUAUUAGGAACUCGUGUAAAGUUUUUAUUUGUCAAGUAUUUUUUACCUGUGCUUGGUGUCAUUUUUAGCAUGUAGACCUCUGAUCACACGUUAUUUACCCCCUGUUCCCAUAUCUCAAGUAAAAAAAAAAGUCUUAUGUGAUAGAAUUAUUAUUAUUUGUCAUGGUUAUUUUUCAUACCAAGAGAGUUUAUGAAAAAAUUGUAAGAUGUUAGCAAAUGGUUUGUAUUAAAUUUGUUGUCUCGAGGCACAAGUGUAGUGUUUUGCAUUUUAAAUAUUCGUGGCUCACGUUUAGCUUAUCAUUGGUUCAUUUGUUGUCCUGGGAUACAUUUCUGUAGAGAUUGUCCUAUUGAAUCCACUAGAGGUGGAUCUCUGUGACUAGGACAUAGUUGUCAUAUAAAUUGUAUAUUGUAAUUUAAGCACUCUUGAUCCCUCUACUGAGGCUACAGUCUGACCCGUUCACCAUACUGAAGCUGUUGACUGAUCAUUCAUCUAAACCUGGAUUAUUUCUAGGAUGUUAAAAACACUUACUGUUUGCAGUAAUGAUUAUUUUAUAAACAUUCAUCACACUUGUUAAAUUAUUUUGACAGGGUAAUGUUUCUUUAUGGCAAUAUCACUUUUUUCCAAAAGUAAACAACGCAAUACAUCUACCUGUAUUUUUAUCUUUAUUUUUGUCAUUCACCAAUUUUACGACUUUCAUCUGAUAUCUACUUUAAAGCAGAAAAAGAUAUUUUUUUGUUUUUUGUUUACAAAGUGUCAUAAUCCUGGUACUUGUUAUUUACGUAUCUACAUUUCUUGUUCUAUUUGUUUAUGAGAGAUUGAUGAAGACCUUUAUUGAAAUCCUUAAUCUGUAGAUAACAGAAGUUAAAAUUAGUACCAUUGAGAUAGUUAUGUUUGUGUGGAGACUAACGACAUCUGACUCUGCUAUAACUGACUUGGGUUGGCAAUUCCUCCAGGUUUAUCCUGUUCUAUCGUACCACACUUACAUUUUUAUGUACUUUUUGUGUUUAAUGCGAUUGAUUUUAGUGCAAUAAAGCAAUGAUAUGCCUCUUUCCCCCUAACACUACAGGAACAUCUAGACCUCAGUAUGUAGGUACACGAGAGAGACCCUCACUAAGCUUGUAUGUAUUAGGGUAUGUGUUAGGGGUAUGUAGGUACACGAGAGAGACCCUCACUAAGCUUGCAUGUAUUAGGGUAGGUGUUAGGGGUAUGCAGGCAAUAUAUACAUAUACUACAUGUUACAAAUAAAACAUACAACUGACUAGUCCCACAGCCAUGUCCCAGUCCAUCAGCACCCUCCUUCCACCCCUCCCCCUUUACCCCGGCCAGUCCUAACACAGUCUAUCUCUGUAACAAACACAGGUAUAAAGGCAGAUUACUCACCUAUUCUAAAGUGAACACCUUUGAUGUGGCUGAAAUAGGCACAUUAUUUGUUAUACUUACAUAAUAAAGAAAAUUUGGAAGAACUUGGUUGCCAUGGAACAAUAUAAUAUCUAAUUUUACAAUAAAAGAUAUCAGAAAGUAUUUUAUCUGAAAUUCAGAUGUUCAAAUAUAUAACUGAGUUGACAAUCUAUGUAUCUAUACAAUAGCAGUUUUUUAUAUUGUUGCAUUCUGCUAUGUUUUGAAAUACAAUGUAAUAAGUUGUAUUACAAUGUUCUUGCCAAGUCCAAUGAUUGGUGGUCAAUACAUUGGUCAGUGUAGUGAUGUGUCUGAAGCUGGUGCAAUACAUUGUGUGCUUAAUGUAACAUGUGAAAGUAAGACACAUCUUAAGUUAGGGACAGGAUAUGUCUUACAUGUGAAAGUAAGACACAUCUUAUGUAGGGACAGGGUAUGUCCUACAUGUGAAAGUAAGACACAUCUUACGGAGAUGCUGGAUAUGUCUUACAUGUUAAAGUUAGACACACCUGAAGGAGAUGUCUUAGAUGUUAAAGUAAGACACAUCUGAAGGAGAUGCUGGAGAUGUCUUAGAUGUGAAAGUAAGACAUGUCUUAUUUAGGUCCAGGAUAUGUCUCAAAUGCUUGUCAAAUGUUGAUGUAAACACUCACGUCUUAAUUUUGAGCAAGAUAUGUCUAACAUUGAAUUAAAACAGACAUGCUAAUAUGUGUGUUUAUUGAAAAGUUGGAAUAAGGAAUAUUUUCAUGUCAGUAUAGUAAAACAUGUAGUAAAACAUGUCUUAAUUAAAUAUUGAUGACACAGUAAAGAUACGUAUAAUAUUUUAACCUGAGACACCUGUUUGGAUUUGUCGGAGAGGUACAAUAUCCGUAGUGUACACUCGUUGGUAGUAGAUAUUGUUUUCAGCAGCCUGUCCCUUUGUCAUUUGUACAGCUCCCCUCACUGUUAACUUACUGUACAGAUGCUACAUUCCUUACUUGUGUCCAUGAGCCAGUGAAUAAAAAUAUCCUUUGUAGAAACAAA